AUGUCGGAUAGGGGCAGAGGAAACUCACGAGGCCGCGGCGCCCGGGGGGGCGGUUCCGGCGGGGGGCGGGGCGGACACGGUGGCGGCGGCGGGCCACAGAAGAAGGAGAACAUUCUGGAUCUGGGGAAGUAUAUGGAUAAGAAGAUCCAUGUCAAGUAUACGGGUGGACGAGAAGUGAUUGGGACGUUGAAGGGGUAUGACCCAUUGCUGAACCUGGUCUUAGACGACACUGAGGAGCUAGUACGAGAUCCGGAAGACAACUACCGCGUAACAGACCAAAAACGGUCGCUCGGUCUCGUGGUAUGUCGCGGGACGGCGAUAAUAGUCAUCUCGCCGGAAGACGGCACGGAGGAGAUUGCCAACCCUUUUGCGCAGCCUGAGUGA